ACCACUGAUAGGUGAAAUGAAUAACAUUGAUUAUCUCAUUAUAAUGCUACCUGUCAAGGUUGAGAUAUAUUAGGCAGCAAGUGAACAGUCAGUUCUCGAAGUUGAUGUGUUGGAAGCAAGAAAAAUGUGCAAGCGUAAGGAUCUGAGUGACUUUGACAAAUUGUGAUGGCUAGACGACUGGGUCAGAGCAUCUUCAAAACGGCAGGUCUUGUGAGGUGUUCCCGGUACACAGUGAUUAGUACCUACUAAAAGUGGUCCAAGGAAGGACAACCGGUGAACCGGCAACAGGGUCAUGGGCGCCCAAGGCACGUGGGGAGUGAAGGCUAGCUUGACUGGUCUGAUCCCACAGAAGAGCUACUGUAGCACAAAUUGCUGAAAAAGUUAAUGAUGGCUAUAAUAGAAAGGUGUCAGAACAUACAGUCUAUCGCAGCUUGCUGUGUAUGGAGCUGCGUAGCUGCAGACCGGUCAGAGUGCCCAUGCUGACUCCUGUUCACCGCUGAAAGCACCUACAAUGGGCACAUGAGCAUCAGAACUGGACCAUGGAGCAAUGGAAGAAGGUGGCCUGGUCUGAUGAAUCAGUUUAUUUAUUUAUUUUUUUUUCUUACAUUAUUUGGACAGCCGGGUACAUGUGUGCAUCGCUUACCUGGGGAAGAGAUGGCACCAGGAUGCACUCUGGGAAGAAGGCAAGCCGGCGGAGGCAGUGUGAUGCUCUGGGUAAUGUUCUGCUGGGAAACCUUGGGCCCUGGAGUUCAUGUGGAUGUUACUUUGACACGUUCCACCUACCUAAACUUUACUGCAGACAAAGUACACCCCUACAUGGUAACUGUAUUCCCUAAUGGCAGUGGCCUCUUUCAGCAGGAUAAUGCGUCCUGCCACACUGCAAAAACUGUUCAGGAAUGGUUUGAGGAACAUGACAAAGAGUUCGAAGUGUUGACUUAGUCUCCAACUUCCCCCUGAUGUCAGUCUGAUCGAGCAUUUGUGGGAUUUGCUGGACGAACAAGUCCGAACCAUGGAGGCCCCACCUCACAACUUACAGGACUUAAAGGAUCUGCUGCAAUGUCUUGUUGCCAGAUACCACAGCACACCUUCAGAGGUCUUGUGGAGUUCAUGUCUUCGAAGGGACAGAGCUGUUUUGGUGGCACAAGCGGGACCUACACAAUAUUAGGCAGGUGGUUUUAACGUUAUGGCUGAUCAGUGUGUAGUGUAUAUAUAUUUAUAUUUAUAUAUAUACAUAAAGAUUUGCUAGGCAUUUCUCAUAUCAUAUUCUAAAGUCUUUUCUCUUCAACAUUUAACCAGAAUCACCAGAGUCCUAACAGCUUCUACUGACUACUAGAAACAGAAAAUAUCUAUGCAAAUAAUAUGAUGCAUAUGAAAAUUAACUUACACAUUUAUAUUCAGAUUGUAAAGUACAGAAAGUACAAAUGUCACCAGUGGAUAAACAAGAUGAUGUUUGUAAUGUAUAUGUCAUGCUGUUUCAAAUGUUGUGCAACAUAUAUACAUUUCUAUUAUGUCUAAAUCAAAUCGAUUUUCAGAUGUGUAUUUGUGUAUGUGUAUGCAAUGUGUAUUUGCGCCAUUUAUGUGCUUAGACACUGUUUUAACUUCAUAUGCACUGUUACUCUUACAGGCUGUUUUGCAGCUGUUUCCUGCUACAGGCAUGAAAUGUUAUAUAACACCUAGCAAUGCAAAGGUCAUGGCAUGCGGUUGCAUAAGAUUUCAGUUCACCUCCUCUGCACCCAUCUCCUGUAGUUACUUGUCUGAUUUGAACCAGUGCUGUUACCUUGUUUUUUGUGACACUGAAGGGUUAGAAUUAAAAAAAAGGACUUCACUGACUGCAGCUCAGGGCUGUAGCAGAAAACAGAUCACAUUACAGAUGGGAGUGAAGUGUGUUGGAGUUGAGUGCUGACUUUUCUGACCAGUGACCACCUUUAUCUUAGCACCUCCUUCAUCUUAGUAACGGUCUGCUUUAAAGUUUUAUUGACCCAUAAAUUUAAGUAACAGAGAGCACCGAGACACUGAGUUUUUGUUCUUGGUGUGCUGAUACAGAAUGGCUGAAAAACUCCAAGCACUGAAGCAGCAGGUUUGUGCUUCCAUCGACGAGGCCAAGGACAAACUCCACCAAUUAGGAGACGCGAUAUGGCACCACCCAGAGCUGGCAUAUGAGGAAAGACAAGCCCAUGACACUCUGGUCCGCUUUUUCACACAGGAGAAAGGAUGGAAUGUAGAGGCACACUACAAACUAGAAACAGCUUUUCAGGCCACGUGGGGACCUGUAGGUGGAGCAGAUGGUGAGUCUGUGGUUCAUGUGGGGUUCCUGUGUGAGUACGAUGCUCUGCCCGCUAUAGGCCACGCGUGCGGCCACAAUCUGAUAGCAGAGACCGGAGCUGCAGCAGCAGUGGGCCUGAAAGUGGCGCUGGAGAGCGGGGAGGCGUGGCCUGUGCCAAUCAAGGUAACUGUGUUGGGGACUCCAGCGGAAGAGGCUGGAGGUGGGAAGGUGGACUUGCUGCGAGAAGGAGUCUUCGAGGGUCUGGAUGUGGUUUUUAUGGCUCAUCCCUCACAGGAGGACGCUACCUACAUCCCAGACGUGGCAGAACAUGACCUUGUAGUGAAGUACCAUGGACGUGCAUCUCAUGCAUCAGCGUAUCCCUGGGAAGGUGUAAACGCUCUAGACGCGGCCGUCAUGGCCUACAGUAACAUCUCUGUUCUCCGCCAGCAGCUCAGACCUGACUGGAGGGUCCACGGUAUAAUAAGGCACGGUGGUGUGAAACCCAACAUCAUCCCUGACUACAGUGAGCUGGAGUAUUACUUACGCACCCCUUCGCACCGAGACCUGCCCAAGAUCAAAGCCAAAGCUGAGGCCUGUUUUCAAGCUGCUGCUCUGGCCACAGGAUGCAGGGUUGAGCUUCUGUUUGCAAAGAACAAGUUUUAUGAAAUCCUGAGGAACCGCACCUUGGAAGGCCUGUAUGAGGAGAAUGGGAAAUCUCUUGGCAUGAAGUUCAUUACUGUCGAGGAUUCUUCUGGCUCUACAGACUUCGGGAACGUGACUCAUGCUGUUCCAGGGAUUCACCCUUAUUUCUACAUUGGCUCUGAGGCACUGAAUCACACAGCAGAAUAUACAGCUGCCUCUGGUGCAGAUGAAGCUCAGUUUUACACACUCCGUACUGCCAAAGCUUUGGCCAUGACUGCACUGGAUGUGAUCUUCAGCCCGGGAGUGCUAGACAAAGUCAAACAGGAGUUUAAAGAGGCCAAGCUCAGAGAGGAGAGACUGAGACUGCAACAGGUGAAACAUGGGGAAGCGGAGACUAACAACAAAUAUGAAACUGCCACAGUCUAGACAGCUUAAAGGCUUAUGGCUUAUGCUGUAUCCUGCAGUUUCUUUGGUCUCUGUCCUGUAGCUUGCAGGAAAUGAGGUGAACAACCAUCACUAUAUUUACAGUGGAUUAUAGGUAACACUUUAAAACCCAAAACUGUUUUUUUUUCCCCUGGGGCAGUUUAAAUUGCCACAUUAUUUUGAGUGUGACAUAUUUUUCAAGAGAAUGUUCCCAAAAUCCUAAACACAGUAUGUAUGUGUCAAGAUACGAUCUCAGAAGUAACAGAAAGAAAACGAAUGGCUACACAUUAUCACAUAUACUGAAUUCCAACUUUAUCAAAAUAGUUUAAUUAGUGAUGACAAAUUCAUAAAUAUUCAUGCUCUGUUCAUUUUAUCAUGUAGACACUUUGUGAUGAUGGUUUGAAUAGUAGCUACACUGUAUCUUUCAGAUCUAUGUAGUG